AUUAAUUAUCAUGUUAAAAUCAAAAUCAAUAAGUAAUAUAAAUGGGAAUUGUGAAGAACUCUUUGAAAUGAGCGAAGCAAGACCAUCUAGCAGUCAUUCACAAAAUGGUAAAAUAAAUAUUAGCAGUAUAGAUUUCACUGUGGACUACAAGAAUAAUAAACAAAUAAAUAAUGUUAAAUACAAACAAAAUUUACAUACAAAGGAAAAGGGAACCGAGAGCGAAGAUUCUGAAAACAGUGAAACUGCUAAUUUAAUUUAUACAUACAAAACAUUACGAUUACCUAAAAUAAGCCCAGAAGCAAUGGAAGAACAAGCUGUAAUAAUUGCUAAUUCAUUUGAACGAAAAAACAAGCUUAUGCAAAAUAAUCCUCUUUCUGAAUUACUACGAUUAGAAAUGAUUAGAAACAUGCCACAAGGUUUAACUCUUAAAAGAUCAGUUAAAGCUAAAUUGACAUUAUCCGUAAGUCAAAAAUCAAAAAGAAGACCAAUAAGUUAUUGGAAAAAAUUAAAAUACCAGUCAAGUAUGGUCAUAUCCAAAAUGAAAAUAAUUUUUCAUCAAAUAGGAUCAUCAAUGGAACUUUGGUAUCAUCCAAUUAAAACAAUUGAAGGCCAUUUUGGAAGUGGAAUUGCAACAUAUUUUAAGUUUUUGAGAUGGUUAUUUAUUAUGAAUAUAAUUGGUUGUAUUUUCAGUAUUUUAUUUGUUACUUUACCACAAAUAUUAGUACAAUCUCAUCUCAAUGUAAGCUUUAGCUCAUGGGAUUUAUUAUUGGGAAAUGGCUUUUUUACAAACAGUAUUUUUUAUUAUGGAUUUUAUAUUAAUAAUACUUUAAUGAUAGAUUCAAAAGUAGCGUACAAUAUGCCUUCAGCUUAUUUUUCAACAUUUUUCUUUUGCUACAUUAUUAGUUUUAUUUUAUUAUGUUUUAAAGUAGCACGAUCGUAUAAAAAGUGUUACAUAGAAACAUCUGGUGGGGCUUAUAAUCGUUAUGCAAAUAAAAUUUUUUGCAGUUGGGACUGGGGAAUUUCCUCUUAUAAAGCAGCUAGCUUACGUUCAGCUUCAAUUUAUAGAGAGUUGGAAGAACUUUUAUGGGAGUCGAAAAAUAUAUCAGCACCAAUUUCUUGUUCUAUGAAGAUGUGGACACUUUUAAUUAGAAUCGCAAUGACCACAUUAAUAUUUGCCAUUAUGUGCGGAACCGGUGUUCUCUUAUGGCUUCUAUUAAACGAGCAUCAAGCUAAUGAGUCCAAUGUUUUUUCAGUUUUGACAGUACCAGUAGUAUUUACUACAAUUAUAAAUCUAUUUCCACCACUGAUAUCUUGGUCGAUAAAGUACGAGAGGUAUGCCAAAGAUAGAAUUGCUUUUUAUAUUACCAUGAUUCGCGUUUACUUAAUAGCUGUGAUAGCAGUGGCUACGCUGUUAACGUUUUGGCUGACUCAAGGGAUCCAAGUCGGCUGCUGGCAGACUAGACUAGCCCAAGAGAUCUACCGGCUAAUAAUUCUCGACUUGUUCGUUUCGAUAUUCGGCAUCUUUUUAAUUCAAGCGUUACGCUCGUCGCGACCAAUGCGCAAUACGCUGGGAGCACCAACCUUUGACAUUGCUCGCAAUACCCUGAAUCUCAUCUACAAUCAAAGCCUCUUCUGGUUGGUGCACUAUUUCAGUCCGCCGAUGUCCCUAGUGAUAAUCGUGAAACUUCUGUUGACAUUCUAUGUGAAGAAAUGCGAACUUCUAACGUACUGCGAACCACCUUCAAAGUUCUGGAGAGCAGCUCAAACGCAAACGCUCUUUCUGGCUCUUACUUUCCUCGGUAUGAUAAGUGCCAUUACCGUUCUUAGCUACAUAGCUAUCAAUGUUGAUAGCCAUAGCUGUGGCCCCUUUGCUGGCAAGAACUACACCUGGGAGAUUGUCGUGGAACGAAUAUUUAAUAUAAGAAGGGACAGCACAUUUUGGAAUGUACUAGACGAUAUCGCCAACCCGGGUACAGGCAUUGCCCUCCUCAUUAUUAUGUGCGUUGCUGUAUUCUACUUGAGGGCAAAGGCCGAGGCUUCCAAGCAAACGGUACGCAUAUUACGUGAAAUGCUUAUAUGGCAGGCCCGGGAUAAAGAAUUCCUUCUCAAAACUUUUUCCAAGACGAGUGAUAAAAAUUGGUUACGACAUCGACAAGCUUCAAAAUCUUUAGCAGAUUCGGACAUAACUGAUUUGGCUCUUGAUCACCAGCAAGUUAACGAGCCAUCUACAAGCUAUUAACGCAUAAUCGCAUUUUUUUAAAUAUGUGAAAUCAGCUUAAAAAAUAAAAAAGACUGCAUGCCGAAAUUGUGCCAAAUCUCAAAUAUAAUAUAUAUUUUAAAUAAACGCAUAUAAAUAUGAAUCACACGUAAAAAUUCGCUUACACACGCCCACACGCGUAAAUACACAUAUACAAGUACACAAAUAUUAAAAAAAAAAUUAAUAUAUAAAGAAUAUCGUUUGAUAUCUUUUGAUACAUCUUUGAUACCACCUUUACCAAAACUUAUUAAUAGGUAUUUAAAAAAUUAAUUGUAUUAAACACACUA